AUGAUAAGUGCUUCGAAUGUUUGGAUGCAACACGGUGUCGGAAAUAAUUUGAAAACUAUGAAUUUCAAUCAACUAUACUCCAAAUUAGGACAAUGGCUGUGUACUGCUCUUCCCGGCUUUCACGCAUUUACAGGUUGCGAUUACAAUCCAGCCUUAUUCAGGAAAGGAAACAAGCGUCCAUUCCAUGUGCUGAUGGCAUCCAGAGAAUAUCAGGAAGCGUUCGAGAAACUUGCUGACUUAAAAGCUAAUAGAUACGAAAAUGUUUUAAAACAAAUAGAACAGUUUGUUUGCCGUUUCUACAGUUUGAAAAAAAUAAAUGAAGUUAAUGGAGCACGUUUCACUUUGUUCCAAAACACUUAUAAUUUCAAAAAUACUUCCGAUUAUUUUCGAUUUACUAAAAAAAAAUUUGAUGGCUCGAGUUUACCACCUUGCAGAGCGGAGCUUAAAAAGCAUUUAUUGCGAGCUGCUUAUAUUUCAAAUAUUAGGAGGAAUGCCCUUAAAAAAAUCGCCACAGAAUUAAUUAUCUUCAUUGAACAAUGGAUGGUUGAAAGUCGAUGGACACCUCGAAAUGACGAAAAUGCGGGUCCCGAGGCAGAUGUCGAUGUCACUGACGAAGGCGACAAAUUAGGAGAGGACGCCGAAGCGUCGUUAAACGAUAUCGAGGACGAUGAUAACGAUCUAUCUGAUGAUAGGGAAAACGAGUCUUUGGAUGAAUUCUGA